AUGAAGACCAUUCUUGCUGCAUACUCUGGCGUCCUCAAAGGCACCGGCUGCAGCAUCCUCUCUGCGCUGCAGGACCUGUCGGUGGCUUUUUGGCCCUGCAGAUCCAAGAUGGAAAAACAUCUGCAGGUCAUCUCGGUGCUGCAGUGGGUCAUCAGCUUCAUGGCCAUGGGUGCUGCCUGCACUGUGCUACUGAUCUACAUGUUCUGCACUGACUGCUGGCUUAUUUCUGCCAUUUACACCGCCUGGCUCAUCGUUGACUGGAACACCCCGAAACAAGGUGGCCGGAGGUCCUCUUGGGUGAGGAACUGGACAGUGUGGACAUAUUUCCGAGACUACUUCCCAAUCAGGCUCAUUAAAACCCACAACCUGCUGCCCAGCCGGAACUACAUCUUCGGCUACCACCCGCAUGGCAUCUUCUGUUUCGGUGCUUUCUGCAACUUCGGUACCGAGGCUACGGGCUUCACCAAGAAAUUCCCGGGCAUCAAGCCCUCCCUGGCAACCCUGGCGGGAAACUUCCGCCUGCCCGUCCUUCGAGACUACCUGAUGUCUGGAGGUAUCUGUCCUGUGAACAAGAACUCCAUCGACUACCUGCUGUCACGCAACGGGACGGGAAAUGCUGUGGUCAUCGUUGUCGGAGGAGCGUCGGAGUCUCUGCAGUGCGCCCCGGGCAUGAACAUCGUCACCCUGAAGAACCGUAAAGGCUUUGUGAGGCUGGCCCUGCAGAAGGGGUCUGACCUGGUUCCAGUAUAUUCCUUUGGAGAGAAUGAUGCCUACAAGCAGGUGAUCUUCGAGGAGGGGACCUACUGGCGCUCCUUUCAAAGGAGGCUACAGAAGAUCUUAGGCUUUGCCCCGUGCCUCUUCCAUGGAUGUGGCCUAUUCUUCGGCAACUCCUGGGGAAUUGUACCUUAUGGCAAUCCCAUCACCACCAUAGUUGGAGAGCCAAUCACAGUGCCAAAGAUUGAGGAUCCAAGUGAUGAGAUGGUGGACCUGUACCACGCAAUGUACAUCAAGUCCCUGCAGUGCCUUUUUGACAAGUACAAGACCCGCUCCGGCCUGAAGGAGAGCGACGUCCUCUACAUCCAGUGA